GAAGUGUGACUAGUCGAUGACCGCGUGGUGCGUAAUACACAAAAAAUGAAGCGGAAACUCCGUUCAUAUUUUCUUGAUACAGAGUUGAAUAGUGUCGAAAAUUAGAGUGAAUCCGCGACGUGGCUUGAAGUCAAAAGCAGCGUUUUGCCUCUAGAAUGUUCUUUCUGCGGACUGAAACCGUCGUUCGCAUUCUCCUGACAAUCCUCAUAGGAGGGACGUCGCGGGUUGGCGAUGUUCUACUUUACCGUCUGAGCAGUCUCGAGCUACGCGCGGUAUCCGAUAACCUGACACAUGCUAUCGUCGGCGGCCUAAGCUGGUCCCUCGUCGUCGCACUCGCGGGUAAAUCGAUAGUUCGAAACGCGUUUGGCAUAGCGUUGUGCUUCGCAAUUUCGUCGCUUAUAGAUUUGGAUCACUUUUUGCUAGCUAAAAGUUGGAGACUGCGGGACGCCCGGAAUUUGGGAGGGCAGAGACCGAUCUUGCACUGCUCAUCGAUACCUUUGCUGCUUUUGCUGAUUAGCGCGAUAAGCUAUAAGGCGUUCCACCAUUCAGCAUCCGGCUAUUACGUAUGGGUGAUUAUAACCGGUUUCCUUAGUCAUCACAUCCGCGAUGCCACCAGGAGAGGGAUGUGGUUCGUCUUCGUUGGAUCGACGUCGCCGUUGCCCUACUAUCUCUACCUAUUCAUGGCCAUGGCUUUGCCUUACUCUCUGCAUUUGCUAAUGCCCGAAGAAUUCAUUCAAGAGGAUCAGCGUCUGCCUUGGAUCCAGCAUGUUUGAGUUUUACA